ACCAUCGGAGCUUAUGCUUUUUGUUUUUGAUUGUGGAAUAUUUACAUGCAUUUUUAAGCCUGUUGAAGUGCACGUUUAGUCACCGCGCUGCCCUGGAGCAAUGAGCGGCUUGGCAGGGACCGUUCCCAGGAUGAUGCGUCCAUCUCUCUCUCAGAACUAUCCCCGCAGCAGCUUCCCAAUGGAGGUUUCAACUCCGAUAGGUCAGGGUCGAGUCAACCAGCUUGGAGGAGUUUUCAUCAACGGCCGGCCUCUACCGAACCACAUUCGACAUAAGAUAGUGGAGAUGGCCCAUCACGGGAUCCGGCCCUGCAUGAUAUCCCGCCAGCUCAGAGUCUCUCACGGCUGCGUCUCCAAAAUCCUGUGCCGCUAUCAGGAGACUGGAUCCAUCCGGCCUGGAGCCAUCGGCGGCACUAAAUCCAAGACUUCAUCUCUACAUGUGGAGAAGCGCGUUGAGGAAUAUAAACGGGGAAAUCCCGGAAUAUUCAGUUGGGAAAUUCGGGAUAAAUUGCUCAAAGAAGGAAUUUGUGACCGGAACAACGUGCCUUCAGUGAGUGCAAUAAGCCGCAUCAUGAGAGGCCGAUAUGGCGCAAGAGGUGACGAUGAGGAGGAGGAGGAUGAAGAGGACAUCGAGAAGCGCGAGCAGGAAGAACACGGCCGCAGGAGCGGACACAGCAUCGAGGGGAUUCUCGCAGACAGAUGGACCAGUGUUCUCCUCGGCUGUUCCUUCAUGGCCCGGAGCGGUGGUCACAAUGGGGGCGAGCCUCUCGUCAUGCGUGCUGUCCGUCACGCUCUGCCCGUCUCGCGAUCCAAGAAAGACGAGUUGCCCGAGCCGAUUAAAUCAGGCUCUUUAUUUGAACUUCGCUUUCAUCUGGCCAAUGAGUUCAACAGGCCUUGCUCUUUUUCUCUUUCGUUCUCCUCAUGCCUUGUUCUACCUCUCUUGGCCUGCGGCGCAUUUUCGAUUAAUAUCUGUGGGCCGUUGUCAGUCCCUGCCAUUCCCACCGCCCCUCCUUUCCUGGGAGACACAGACAGGCAAGCCGAACAGCUGGAGGAGCUGGAGAGAGCUUUCGAACGCACACAUUACCCUGAUAUCUACACCAGAGAAGAGCUCGCUCAGAGAGCCAAAAUCACAGAGGCACGAGUGCAGGUGUGGUUCAGCAACAGACGAGCUCGUUGGAGGAAGCAGGCGGGAGCCAAUCAGCUCAUGGCAUUCAAUCACCUGAUCCCCGGUGGUUUUUCACAUCCGGCGGUGUCCAGUCUCUCCCCGUAUCAGCUGUCAGAGAGCCCGUACCCACCCGCUGGCCUUUCUCAAGAUUUGAGUGCUGUACACAGACCUCAGCCGCUCCCGCCGCCCGCAGGCCAUCAGAGUGCUGGAGGGGCGGGGCCGGAGGGCGGGGCUUCCUACUGUCUCUCCAGUCGCCAUGGCUACGCAGGAUAUUCAGAUACAUUUGGAACUCAUAACAGUCACACCAACUCUGCCAUCAACAAUGGACUGUCUUCUCAGGUUAUGGGACUCAUAAGCCCAGCUGGAGUUUCUCAUCAGACUCCGGCUGAGUUUUCUCUGUCGUCUCUCAGCGGUGCUCUGGAUUCGGGUGGAUCGGUCAGCAGCAGCUGCUCUCAGCGCAUGGAGCCCUUAUCCAGUCUACCUGCCCUGUCCAACCUGCCCAGCCCACAGUCCUACAGCUCGGCCUCCUUCUACAGCAUGGAGCACAGCGCCCCCUACCAGUACAGCCAGUACGGACAAAAUUCCUUUCAUUAUCUGAGGCCUGAAAUCGCCUGAGAGGGUUGUGUGGCUCAGCUGUCCCGAAGGGGGGACGGCAUAAAGUCCCAAAGUCCUGGAAUGAAGGUUUUCUGCAGACGGAGAUACAAAACUCUUGGCAAUAAAAAUACAACUUCUUCACCACUGGAUGGCACAGCCGGCAGAUCAAAAGAUCUCAAACAUUCCCUUGAACUCUUCUUCAAAAGCCCUUCCAGCAAAAUUAUCCACAAUCCCAGAAAACACAACAAGACAAGCUGAAUCAAAACAAAAAGGAGACGUUUUUUCACUGAGAAACAUGUUGAAGUGCAAUAUGAGAAAUGGCCAUAUUCAUACAAGACAUUCGCAGCCACUCAGCGCCGCUCUUAUGAGGCCAGACGAAAGCGCUGGGCUGGAUACGUGUUGGAAAUAAAAGACAAAUGUUUUAUAGCAGACAGUGAACUUCUUCUCAUGCAUUCCUUGACAUUUGAAUGAUGUUUUUGUUUUUUUACAUGAGGGACGACUGUAAAAUUAUACAGUAUUCUGGAACUUGGGAGUUCAAAAUCAUACUUGUUUGCAAUAAUUCCUAUAGCGGUGCUGUAGUGUUAAAAGGUGCACUGUGAAAACGACUUUUUAUUUUUAGCAACUAUAUUUUACUGAUUUGAUAUGAUCUGAUAUGCUUAAAACUGCAAUAUACAUUUGGUCGUCCCCAAUAAUACUUACAACCUUUCUAAUGUUGUUUAUCUUCUUGCCAAGUGAUGGUAAAAUACUAAAAAGCUCUCAAAAAUACUGAUAAUACAGCCACAACAACUGAAUGUUUUUUUAUUAAUUUAUUUUGUAUGUGUGUGAGUGUUUAUCUGAAUCCUCCAGAUAUUUUGCAUAAUUAAAUCAUUCAUUG